AGAUGCGCGCCAAUAUCUCGUCCCAAGUGUUUUUCAAGCUGCAAACCUCUAUCCACAAUCUGACCGCUUACCUCCCUCUCAUUUCGCCUCUCUCCUCUCUCUCUCUCUCUCUCUCUCUCUCUCCGAUCUCCGAUCUAUCUGCAUUGGGUUGGGGUUCAUGAUCCUUUUGCAUGUCCAAUUCGGUCAAACACUGUGAAAUCGUAAACCAAGUUCCUGAUAUAUCAUACAUGACUCAGGUUCUAUGAAGUCUGUUAUCUGGCUCAUCGAUCGAUGUUUUGCGGAUCAAGAAUACACGCCGUGAUCUUUGAGAUUUGAGUUUCUCGGGGUGAUUUUGUUUGUCCCUUUCAUUGCUCUUCGUUUUGCAAUCUUGAUUUUGAGUGUAGAGAGUGAUUUUGAUGAGAGGCCAACAUAAAAGAAGAAAGCAUAUGCAUCUAUGAAGACUGGGGCACGCAAGUCGCCGCCGCAUUACCUCCGGAUGCAAUUUUCGGUUGAGCUUCGUCCUCCUCGCUUUCCUUAUUGUCUUUUCAGAUGGAAUGGCAGAUCCUGCUAGUCAUGGGAAACAUGAGCGAGACAUUGAGCAAGCGCUCAUUGCUUUGAAAAAAGGUACUCAAUUAAUAAAGUAUAGUCGGAAAGGGAAGCCUAAGCUCUGCCCAUUCAGAAUUUCUACGGAUGAAACAACACUGGUCUGGUACUCAAAUGGAGAAGAAAGGAAUCUGAAAUUAUCUUCAGUCUCACGGAUUAUCCCUGGACAGAGAACUGCUGUUUUUAGACGAUAUUUGCGUCCUGAAAAGGAUUACUUGUCAUUUUCCCUUCUAUAUAAUAACGGGGAACGAUCACUUGAUCUGAUCUGCAAAGACAAAGCUGAGGCAGAGGUAUGGUUUGCAGGCCUUAAGGCAUUGAUUUCUACUGGACAACAGCGUAGUAGAAGGACUAGAAGUGAUCUUUCGGAUCUAGAUAAAAGUGGUGACUUUAUUCAGAACGGCUGUCCUUUUGGUGCAACACUAGAUUUCACUUCAAGUAUUGCUCAAGGCAGGGCAUCUUGUGUUUGGAAUUCUUGUGAAUCUUCAUUGAACUUGGCAAGCUCAGAUGUGGAUUCAGUGCGUGCCAAUAUGCAAAUGAGAACAAGUUCUGGAGAUGGUGUUCGUUUUAGUGUUUCCAGCAAUCCUAGUUGUUCUAGUGGAGGAUCUGGACCAGAUGACAUAGAAUCAUUGGGAGAUAUUUAUGUAUGGGGGGAGGUAUUGAGCGAUGGGAUUUCACAUGAUAGUUCUAUGAGUCAAGUUCCCACACAAACUGAUGUCCUUACUCCUAAGCCCUUGGAGUCUAAUGUUGUUCUUGAUGUUCACCAGAUUGCUUGUGGUGUGCGACAUGUUGCUCUUGUAACAAGGCAAGGUGAGGUUUUUACCUGGGGAGAGGAAUCCGGAGGUAGGCUUGGUCAUGGGAUUGAUAAAGACUUUAGCCGCCCCCAUCUUGUUGAGUUUCUAGCAGUUACUAAUGUAGAUUUUGUUUCAUGUGGAGAUUAUCAUACUUGUGCUGUAUCUACAUCUGGUGAUUUGUUUACCUGGGGUGAUGGUACCCAUAAUGCUGGACUUCUUGGUCAUGGAACAGAUGUUAGCCAUUGGAUACCUAAAAGGGUUACUGGUCCGUUAGAAGGACUUCAGGUUUUAUCUGUUGCAUGUGGCACAUGGCAUUCAGCAUUGGCAACUUCCAAUGGAAAAUUGUUCACAUUUGGUGAUGGAACAUAUGGUGUUUUGGGACAUGGAAAUCGCGAGAGUGUUUCCUAUCCCAAGGAGGUACAAUCAUUGAGUGGACUGAAGACUAUUAAGAUUGCUUGUGGAGUAUGGCAUACUGCAGCCAUUGUAGAGGUUAUCGGCCAGACUGGUGCCAAUGUUUCGUCUAAAAAGUUGUUCACGUGGGGUGAUGGUGACAAACACCGUUUGGGCCAUGGAAGCAAGGACACUUAUCUUCUUCCCACCUGUGUCUCUUCACUUAUUGAUUAUAACUUCCACCAGCUUGCUUGUGGACAUACACUGACUGUUGGCCUCACUACAUCAGGUCAUGUGUUUACCAUGGGUGCCACUGCAUACGGUCAGCUCGGCAAUCCAACCUCUGAUGGAAGGGUACCUUGCUUGGUACAAGAUAAAUUGGUUGGUGAAUUUGUUGAAGAAAUAUCUUGUGGGGCAAAUCAUGUUGCCGUCCUUACAUCUAGAAGUGAAGUAUACACUUGGGGGAGAGGUGCCAAUGGAAGAUUGGGACAUGGGAACACAGAAGACCGGAAAUAUCCAACACUAGUUGAAGCCUUAAAAGAUAGGCAUGUAAAGAAUAUAUAUUGUGGCUCAAACUUUACUUCAAGUAUAUGCAUCCAUAAAUGGGUCUCUGGAGCAGACCAAUCCGUUUGCUCUGGUUGUCGGCAAGCAUUUGGUUUUACCAGAAAGAGGCACAAUUGUUAUAAUUGUGGACUGGUGCAUUGCCAUGCUUGUAGUUCAAGAAAGGCAUUGAAAGCAGCAUUGGCUCCAACUCCUGGCAAACCCCAUCGUGUAUGUGAUGCUUGCUAUGCAAAACUUAAAACUGCUGACGUUGGCUACACUGCUCACACAAAUAGAAAAACUACAGUUCCUCGCCGUUCAAUAGAUUCCAGGGAAAGAUUAGAUAGGGUAGAGGCAAGGUCGUCAAGGGUUUUGCUGUCUCCCACUACAGAACCAGUCAAAUACCUUGAGAUCAAGUCCAGAAAUCCUGGGACUAGAUCUGAUUCUCCUUCUAUAGUGCGGGCUUCUCAAGUUCCAUCACUGUUACAACUGAAAGAUAUUGCAUUUCCAAGUUCAUUCAGUGCUCUUCAAAAUGCUUUGAAGCCUGUAAGGCCAUCGCCGCCUCAUCUCCACAUGAACUCAAGACCUGCUUCACCAUACUUGAGGAAACCAAGCCCUCCACGCUCUGGCACUCCCCCAUUCUCUAGGAGUCUUAUUGAUGGUCUCAGGAAGACAAAUGAACUAUUGAAUCAAGAAGUCUUGAAGUUGCAAAACGAUGUUAGAUAUUUGAAGCAAAAGUGCGAUGCACAAGAUGUGGAGCUUAAGAAUUUACAUAGAAAUGCUAGACAAGCUGCUUCAUUAGCUAAAGAGGAAUCUUCCAAGUAUACAGUAGCAAGGGAACUUGUCAAGUCUGUUGCAGAACAGUUGAAGGAAGUGAUAGAGAAGGUGCCUCCAGAGGUUUCUGACAGUGAAACCUUUAAAGACAUGCAUUCUCAAGUUGAAGAUUUUUUAAACACAACUGAAACAUCUGAUAUAUCUUCGUCUCUGCCUGAAGACUUAGAGUCUGACCAACAAUACACAUCUCAUAUAACAUCCUCUCUCAAUGAGUCUUCUAAGAUGCGAGAUAAAAUGACUCAAGGCCAUGCAAAUAUUGCAAGAGUUGUGGAGGAUGGGAGAAAUAUUCUUCAGGAGAGUAAUAGACCAUCUGUUUCUGACACAAAAGGUCCUCUAUCUCAACCAAGCUCAGAAACUGGCUCAAGAUUGCCUGGAUCAUCAACAAUGAGGAAUGAAGAAAAAGAAGUUAUUGAACAAUUUGAACCCGGUGUUUAUGUUACAGUCAUUCUACUUCGAGAUGGUACUAAAAUUUUUAAGCGAGUGAGAUUCAGUAAACGAAGGUUUAACGAGCACCAGGCAGAGGAAUGGUGGAGUAAAAACAAAGAUAGAGUAGUUAGGAGAUACAGUCCAACAGCAAGCCCUACUUUAACGGGAUCAUCUAGCACUCCAGCACCUGAUGAUGAAGGAUCAUCAAGCACUCCAGCACCUGCUGAUGAUGAAGGAUCAUCUAGCACUCCAGUACCUGCUGAUCAGGAAAAUAACGAGGCAUCAGAAUCUUCCCAAACUAAUUAGAUUUAUAACUAAAUCUUCUACGAUGUACGUGAACUGCCUUAGAAUAGCAGCAUUAAGUAUCCAUUAGGUGUAAACAUAUUCGUGUUCUGAACAACUUAGGGAGGACUUAAUUUGAGAAGAAUGGUACAGCUUACUUGUAAUUCUUUCAUUCGUUUUGUUCUUAAUUUUCCUUCCAAUAUACCAUUUUUGGCACCUGGCACUUAACCUUCACUGUUGUACAGAAGAGAAAAUGAACUUUCCAGGUUAUUGCAAAGCCUUGUUUGUGA